AUCGUCUUCACUGUGAAAGGAUCAAAAGAGCCCGCCCCCUCCAGUAAAUACUGGGAUGUGAUUGGUGGACAGGGAAUGAUGUAAGUGCUGAGUCAUCAUGACUGUUGGAAUUUGAAAAGUGGGGAAAAGUCAGAGAACAAAAUUCUGCAGCUAUUAUCGGUAUGGGCGCCCAGACCUCAUCAGUAGAGGGCGUGCACGUGGUGGUGGUGGGCGGGGGCUUUGGCGGCGUGGCUGCGGCCCAGCAGCUGAAGCGAGAAGGCCUGAGCUUCACUUUGAUUGACAUGCGGGACGCCUUCCAUCACAACGUGGGCGCAUUAAGAGCGUCCGUGCAACCAGGCUUCGCCCUGAAGACCUUCAUCACGUACGCCGAGACGUUCGGAGAGAGUUUUGUUCAAGGCCGAGUGGAGCGAGUGGACCCCCAGCGCCAAGUGGUGGUCCUGCAAGGAGGAAGGGAAGUCACCUUUUCGCACCUCAUCCUGUGCACGGGAACUGAUGGACCUUUUCCUGGGAAGUUCAACGCUGUGGCAUCGUACAAGAGCGCCAUUCAGGCUUACGAGGACUUUGUCAAGCAGAUCCAGAGCGCUGACUCGGUGCUGGUGGUGGGCGGGGGCUCGACCGGUGUGGAGAUGGCAGCGGAGAUCAAGACCGAAUAUCCACAAAAGAAGGUGGUUCUGGUCCACGCUCGAAGCGUCUUGGCCGACGUGACGCUCCUGAACAGCGUGCGGCGCCAGGCCAAGGACGUGCUUGUGGAAAAAGGGGUGGAGCUACAGCUGGGUCAGAAAGUGUCCGACUUCUCUGGUCUGACCUGCAAUGUGACCCGUAAAAACAUGGAGGUUAUCUUGGCCAACGGAACCACGCUGACCACCGACCUCAUCAUCAACUGCAGCGGACUGAGGAUCAACUCUGCCGCCUACCAGUCCAGCUUCUCUGGAAGUUUGGCCCAGAACGGCGCCCUGAAGGUCAACGAGCACCUGCAGGUGGAAGCUUUCUCUAACGUUUAUGCCGUGGGUGACUGCGCCGAUGUGAGAGAGCCCAAGACGGCGUACGUGGCCGGACUGCACGCCGCCGUCGCCGUGGGUAACAUCGUCAACAGUCUUAGCGGGAAGCCUCUGACCUCGCACCGCGCAGGCAACGUCACCAUGCUGCUGGCCAUGGGCCGCGACGACGGCGUGGGUCAGUUCAACGGCUUCCGGUUACCUCGCUUUCUGGUCGCUGUGGCGAAGAGUCGGGACCUGCUGGUGUGGAAGAGCUGGAAGGAGAUGGGGCAGCGGCAACCCUGACACGUAUGCUCGUGGCCGAAUCGCACAAAACAACUCCCGUCACUCAUGUUUGAAACAUUUAUGUAUAAAUCAUCUUGUUCGUCACACAAAAUAAUACAUUAUAUAAAGGUUUCAUGUUACCAUGGCAACACGUCAGGUAAACAUCA